GGACAUUCGAGAACCUGCAAAAUUGGGGUUUUUAAUUUUCUUUCUCCGGUACAAGUUUCUAGACUCUUUGCAGCUGCCAUUUUUUCCUUUGGUUUAUUUUAUUAGCAUGUCAACCAUACCACCAUCCGAAGCGACGCCUUCCCAGUUGGAAGAGAAUACGUUUACCUCCGUUCCUGCUGAACAAACGACAACAGAUAUCCAGUCCACCACCCCAACCGGGUCUCCGAAACAACCAGUGGAGUCAUUUACAGUCGUCGAUAGUGAUGAAGACAUUUUAACUGCUUCAGCACAGUCCUGGCAGGAGCGAGAAGAUACAGCCCCCCGUGCAUCGUCACCAGCGGCUCAGGAAGCGUCAGAAGAUACUCGUUUCUUGCAUUCCAAGGGUUUCGUCAAUGUGGGCGAUUCCAGCGAAAUCAAGGACUUGACAGUUUCCGGUCAGCUUCCUGAGUGGUUGAAUGGCGAACAUUAUACUGUCGGUCCCGGUACGUUUGAUAUCCGAUACAGUCGCAAGAUCGAAAUCGACGGUUACCUGCAAAGCGCCACCGCUACAUUCACUUUUGGUCAUUGGUUGGAUGGGUUACCGCUUGUUAACCGAUUUGAUCUGAACGGACAACGAAAUACGAUUGCGUACCGCAACCGUCUCACGAGUCGUCGACUUAUUGAGAAAAUUCGGGAUCAUCACGGCUACGCGCCUUGUCAUCCUGCCGGUCUUUUCAAAACCGACAGUAAUCAAACCGUACUCAUCAAAUUUAUCAAAUCCGCAGCGAAAGCCAAUAAACCCGACGGCGAACCUUGCGGUGCUCGCAUUCUCACCACGCUUCCGGGAGUCGACGGUCGACUAUUCUGUCAGAAUAUGGCCAAUCAUGUUCAGGAGUUGGAUCCAUUCGACUUGAAACCUACCCGGAUUCUCACUUGGGACGAGAUCAAUCCCGCCUUCAAGGGGUACAAUUCGUGUCCCAAUGGCCAGUAUGACGCGUCGACGGGCGAAUAUAUCAAUUAUACCAUGGAAAUUGGUUACAGAACAACCAGCUACCAUUUCUUCUCUCUCACCUCGCAAGCCCCCAAAGGCAAUUUGAUUGCUUCCGUCACAGCACCCACAGGCUAUGUCAACAGUUUUUCACUCACGAAAAACUAUAUUAUUCUGGUGGUGUUCCCUCUUUUAGCGAAUUCAGGCGCGGUCAAGUACGCCUGGAAUGAAAGCAUCAUGGACUCCUUCUCGUUCUAUCCUUCCGAACCUACCUUGUUCUACGUGAUUUCAAGAAGCAAGGGUCAAGUGGUGGCCAAUUAUCGAUCAGAUCCUUGUUUUGCAUUUCAUCAUGUGAAUGCUUUUGAGGAUGAGCGCGAUAACGUGGUGGUGGAUAUGAUUGCUUAUCCCGACGAUACGAUUGCUCACCAACUGACCGUUGAUAACCUGCGCCAUCCGGAAAAUAUGACGCCUUCAUCGCUGACGACAUCCGAAUUUAGACGAUAUCAUCUAGCCAAUUUGUCCCACGCUAGCACGGUGUACACUAACAACAACGGCUACAUUCCCACCGCUUCCAGUCUCACCGGUCGCAUCUCGUCUUUGUAUGGAUACCUUCGCGGAACGACGACUCAAGAUAUCGGAAAGACGAUCCCCAUGGGGGCUACAGGCUGGGCGUCAUGGAUGCCGCAGGCCACCUUUACGACGUGGACCGACCCCGGUAUUGAACUUCCUCAAGUGAACUCCAAAUAUCAUCGACAGCAAUAUACCUAUCUCUACGGCUUGGGCUUCUCUUCUUCAUCGUCAAAGACAAUGUACGAUACCAUUGUCAAAACUAAUGUGGAAACCAAGUUGGUGGAAGCUUCAUGGCAUGAAGAGGGAUGUUACCCCAGUGAAGCCGUUUUUAUUCCUCGUCCUGAUAUGGACAAUAUAGAAGACGAUGGCGCCCUGCUCAGUGUUGUCUUUGACGCCAUUCGCGAGACUUCAUUUUUGCUUGUGCUGGACUCGAAAUCGAUGACGGUGCUUGCUAAAGCCGAUUUAGAAACCAUUGUUCCUCCCAGUUUCGCUCAUGGCUCCUACCGCUUGCGAACGGAAGCAUAAGAAAUUUCUUGUUUCCAUCCACCUAAACUCCAUCAGCUUUUUUUAUUCGCUUUCACGCUUGAAUGUUGUGAAAUUUUACACACCGGAUAAUUGGCUGCGAUACAACAAAGCAUUAUGCACUUGUUCUACUCAAAAUUCCUUGUCCAUAUCCUUGUUCGUAGAAAUCAAUAAAUCAAACAUGACAUCCUACAUUGUUCAGGCUGCUUUUCAACGUAAACCAACCAGUGGUUUGGGAUCGGAAACAAUGGACUGGGGGAAUGCUUCGUGGUGUGAAUGUGACUUGCAAUCAGAGGAUUGCGGUAAAUGCGUCGACCUAAUGGCACGACCUGCCACUGGACGG